AGUUAGGUUAGGUUUAGGUUAGGUUAGUCACACAUGUAUGCGAAAACAUGAAUGACACAUUUGACGUUUGACAUUUGACGUUUGAAAUUUGACAUUUGACGUUUGACAUUUGACGUUUGACACGUGAUGAAAAAUGAUGGAAUUUCAUGUAAGAGAGGUUAUGUUAUGUUAUGUUAGUUAGGUUAGGUUGUGUUAGUCACACAUGUAUGCGAAAACAUGAAUGACACAUUUGACGUUUGACAUUUGACGUUUGACAUUUGACGUUUGACAUUUGACGUUUGACACGUGAUGAAAAAUGAUGGAAUUUCAUGUCAAUAAAUCUGUAUUUUUCUCUCUUUAAAACGAGUCAUUUUGCAAAAUAUUUUGCGACAUGAUGUGUACAUUACUGGAAUAUUAUACGUGAUAUUAUAUUUUUAAAUAAUAAUAAUGGAAGUAAAUAACGUGGACGAGGAAGACGAGAAUGUCGUGAUUCAAGGUAGCGCUCUUCAUGUACAUCUGUCAAAAUUGGGUUACACAGACUUCGAAAGCGUAUCCAUACCUAAGACAACAUGUUUGGAAGAGAAGGAAUAUUUAAAUCUUAAUACUACAAGUACCAUACAGAAGAUUUACACACAAUUAUUUUCUUUUUACUCCUGGAUAAUGCAGGAGAAGAGCAUUUCUGAAAAGCAAUUGAGCACCAUUUUGAAUGCAGAAGCUUUGUUGAACGAUCAUUUUUCUGCAAUUAACGAUUUUGUAAGCAAGCGCAAUGAUAAUUCUAAAAAAAUAAGACUGCAGGAAUUAAUUGUGGCUGGAGUAGUAUUAAUCUCAUCAACGUGCAUUUCAUGGUGUGAAUUUAAGGUGUUACCAACGUUAUUCGCAUCAUCUGCAAUCUGCUGCGCUGGUUACAUAAAACACUCGCGUUUUCGUGCAAAUAGAGAUUUAAAAAACGUUAUUUCAUUACAAAAUGAACUUCUUGCCAUAUGUAAGGAAAGUCUCAAGAUUUUGCGACGUAAUUAUAGAAUAAAAUUUAAUUUCGAAAUAUGUUUCCAACAAUUUUCGCAUAUCAUGGGGAAAAAGUUGCAAUAUGUGCAAUCUCUAAUGGAAACUUUAGUCUCGUUUAUGGGAAAUAUUUCGCAUAUAUAUUAUCAAUGUUCCUUAUUAAUUGUAAAAUUAUUGCCGCCAAAUGUACUUAACGAAGAAUUGUUUACAAAAUUCGAAUCUAAUUCGUUUGAGAUAUCUAAUAAAAUCGAUUAUCAGGCAUUGAAGAAACUGUAUCACAUCUAUCUUCUGGUCCAAUCAGAAAUGUUGUAUUUAUUAGCUAUUGCAUACGAUAGCAAUACUUGGAUAUUUUCUCAUCAAAUGAUUCCUGAAACGAAAUUAGUUCAUAUAGUUCGCACCCUAAUUAAGGAACUGACAGCACAUAAAGUUAAGUUGUCGGAAAUCAUUAAUGCUUAUCAUAGUUGUAAACUGGAGCCAGUUCGACACAAGGCACAGAAAGCUAAAUGGCAGGACCCGACUGUUCAAUUAGAUCUGGCAUCGUAUAAGCUACAGUCGGGUUAUAAUCAAGUGUUUUCAGUAUUUAAAGACAUCGAUAACUGCAUCAGUCAAGAAAUUGAUAAUGAAACGACUGAGAUACUGAUGCAAAAGUUGGACAAAGCAUUCAAAGAGAUCGAUACAGCUAAGAGUCUGAUGGAAUUUGUUAUUUUAUUAACAUCAAAAUCAAGAUUCAGUAAACCGAAGGAGGAUCAGUCUGUAACUAAUCACACUACGAUAGAUCAAAAUCUCAAUUUGCCUGUAAUAAUGGAUUCAGAGCCAGAGAUUCUCGAUGAAGUAUUCGAGGAAUAUAUUAAAGAUGAUUAUUUAGAACCUUUGCACGAAGAUACAGACGAGUAUACAUUGGAGCAGCGAAAACUGGAUAAACUUUUGGCGAAGAGUUUUAUGAGCGAGUUGAAGGAGGCCCUUGUUGAGAAACAUAAAUCUAUGUCUGAGCGAGAAUUUAAGGCCCUGCAACGUUUAUAUAAAAAUAUGUCGAAGGAUUCUGCAUCGAAUAUUGAAGAUAACAAUGAGGACUGUCAAUUUAUACCUAUUCCACCACCGAUGCCUUCUAACUAUAUAUGGUCAUCGAAUCCAUCAGAUGACAUUAAUUCAAAAUAUGAAAGAAUAAUUCCUUCCACUUGUAAGAUGAAAAAUGAUGACUCAUCUAUUCAAGGAAAGAUUGAUGACUCGGAUUCUAGAAGAGUGCUAAAAUACAAAAAUACUUUUAAUACACCAUUCAAAGAAGCCUGCGAGACGGAAGAUAGGGAAUCAUUUUUACCACAGAUUCUCCUUGAAACACAAGCUACACAAUUUGUUACAAAACUACCACCCACUUUUCUCCAGGAGGAGACAUUUGUAGGAAGUGGUGAAAAUUCUGAGGAUGAAAUGAUAGACAAUUCAAGUGAUGAAGAGAACACAAGUAAUGAAGAGAAUGAAAAUUCUUAACAAUAAAGCGAUAUGUACAUGAUAAGUUUUUGUUAUCUUUAAAAAUCGAUUACUAGAUAUUUUCAAUUGUUUAUUGUCUAGCUUUUCGAUUUUAAUAUAUUCUGUAUGUUUUAGUACA